GGGGCUUAGGGGACCGGGCGGCUCGGGGUUCGGGAUGCUGAGGAGACCGCGGGCCCGCGCCAGCCUCCCCCAUUCACACUCCCGGGCGUUUCGGCGGGGACGGGGAAGGGUGGGACAGCGGCCCAGGCCGGGAGGGACGCGGAGGGGGGGGUCCACCGGAGCCGGAGGCUGAGUCCCGCACAAAGGGCGGCGCGAGGCUGUCUGUCACCGGGAGGUCACAGAGGGAAGUUCAUCCAUGAGCUCGGAUUUCCCACAUUACAACUUCAGGAUGCCUAAUAUUGGAUUCCAGAAUCUGCCUCUCAACAUAUAUAUUGUGGUUUUUGGCACUGCUAUAUUUGUCUUCAUCCUUAGUUUACUCUUCUGUUGCUACUUGAUUAGGCUAAGACAUCAAGCACACAAAGAAUUUUAUGCCUACAAACAGGUUAUAUUAAAAGAGAAAGUUAAAGAACUGAAUUUACAUGAACUCUGUGCAGUGUGUCUAGAAGACUUCAAGCCUCGAGAUGAGUUGGGCAUUUGUCCAUGUAAGCAUGCCUUCCACAGAAAGUGCCUUAUUAAGUGGCUGGAGGUUCGGAAGGUGUGUCCGCUGUGCAACAUGCCAGUUCUGCAGCUCGCGCAGCUGCACAGUAAGCAGGACCGUGGACCCCCACAGGGGCCCCUGCCCGGGGCAGAGAACAUUGUAUAGCUCCCCCAAGGAUCAAACUGCUGCGGGAUCCGACGUCCAUGUGGAGCCAGGAGGAACACAAGCGGUCUCUGUGCUGGCUGCUCUACCGGGGGCACCAGCUGCCACUUCCUUUGCCUCAUGAAGAACUCGGGCCAGCUAAGCUGGAAACCCAGACUUCUGGGUCUUGUGACAACCAAAGCACGCUGCCACUACCCCGUGCCAAGAGAAGAGGAGUGGAUGACAGAUGAGCCUUCCGGUUAUGUUCAAGAAGUUUCAUGAGGGUCUCUUGCUGAUGCCAUUACUCUGUCUCCCAGAUACUUAUCUCCGUAUCAAGGUGAAUCUUGAUCAAGCAGAAGGAAAGAUAAACAGAACUGUUAGAGAAGGGAACUGAGGGCAGGUCUUUAAAGCCACCCCCGCCCCCCACCCUGUGGACAGAUGAGCUUCUACGCAGACCGUGCAUGCCUUUGCAGCAGCAGACCCUCCCGGCAGCCCGAGCCAAGUAAAGCCAGCCGUUACCUCAGCUGAAGCACGACUGCUUGCCAGUGAUUGGUGAGGCAGUGCCAGCAAAAGGCUUUUCACGUUAUGUUCCUUUGGUAAGGUCAUCUUGGAACCCAAGGGCUUUGGUUACCACAGAGCAGCAGUGCCCCUUGCCACCCCUUCUCCCUCAAGUUCACGACACUUGCUUAUCAUAUCAUCUAAAAACAUUAGAUGCGCCUGGAAAGGCCUGGUCAGAAGCCAUUUCCUCUUAUUUACCCCCUGACUCCCCGGUGAGGCCCGGCCAAGCUGCCCAUCAGGAGCCUGAGCCAGGGGUGGGCCUCUGAGCCCAUGCUGUUCCUGUGUGACCCAGGGGGCCUCAGGGUGCUGCCCGCACCCCCACGUGCACUGUGCUUCCAGCACAGCUGCUAGUCUCAGCCCACUGCCUUGGUAAGGAGCUGCUGUGAGCCCCUCAGAUGGCUCCCAAGGGGGGCUCCUUCCUGGGAACGGCCAGUCCUCCAGGCCCCGCUGAGAUGAGAGGAUGCUGACCCCUUCCUCUCCCCCCUCCUUCCCUGUUCUCUUCCCUCUGACCCUGUUUCUACUUAAGAGAAAAUGCCUGUUGUUGACGUUUUAACAAUUUAAAGCAUCUCAAAUAAGAUCCUUAUGUAAUUAUGUAAUUCUGAAGCCGGGGAUCCACUUGAAAUUGUAAGUAGUGUCAGGAAGCCACUGCAGGGCUCUUCACCCGCUGGUGUGUGCCUCACUCUUCAGACUUAAGUGACUGAAAAUGUCUUUAUAGGAGAGAAAUGCAUGCUGCUCUUUAGCUCUUCUGUCCAACUUUUCUAGAAAUGACUCCAUCCAUUUGGGUUCAUGAAUACUGUACAAAUUAGCUAUCUGAAGUGGCUUUGGGUCAGAUAGAAAGUUCUUUUCCACAGCCCUCCUUCUGUCAUAGGGUGGACUCCUUGUCAACAGCUCUGCCUCAUUCCACAGGUGUGAGGGGGACAGUUUCUCAUUGGGAAUGUGGUCCGCAUGGAGAGCGGAUGGAGGAAGCUUUGCCACUCUGUUCACAGCAUGUCUCCAGGGAUUUUUUUCUGGAAUCUAGCCUCUACCAUCUUAGAAUGGGAGAGGGAACCUGUCCUUGGCUCAGGUGGCUGAGGCCAGAGGAGGAGGAAAAUUCCCCCUAGCCUAGGAAGGUGCUGGGCAGAAUCCAGCUUGGAAAAUUACACAUCCAGUUGGUCAGAAUUGGCUGUUUCCUCCGUGUGACCUAUUCAUGGCACGCCAACUGGCUGCUGCUUAAACAGGGCAAGGAAGUGUGGGAUAUUUUUAUAUGAAAGCCUUAGCCUGUUGGGCAUCCUUGAAAAGAACUUUUCGUGCAUUCCUCCUCUCGUCGUUUUUGCGUUCUGUGUUGGUAGCACAGUGGAGCGGAAUGCUGCAAAGCACCCCGUUUACAGUGAAAGGUUUCCAGUGACCAGUGUCAGAAGUAAGCCUGGACUAGCCUCAUUAGUGGCCAACACCCACCAUUUCCCAUGGAGUGGCCUUGGGACAAAUCUCACCUUGUCAUUGCGGGGUUCAAACAGGAAAGAGAAUUUUUCCCCUCAGAGGAGGAAUUCUCGUGCUCUAAACCGCAAAUGAUUUCAGCUCACAGCUUCUAGCAGGAUUCUAACUGAUCAGUUGCGGCGUUUUUCUGUCCCUGUGCGUCAGUAUGAGGAGACCAACCCCACAAGUCCCUGUAUGGGCAGGGAGGUAGAGGAGUUCGUUUCCUGUAUUACAGGAAGCGCAGGUUGACAGGGUUGGUGCGUAGCUCCAGCCGUUAGAGGAAAGCUCAAGAAUGCUGUGCGCUCUCCACCGGGCUCCAACCCGCACGAGGUACCGCCGACGUGACCUCGACACCCAUGAGUGCAGAGGGCUUGGUAAACACAGCUCUUCUGCCAGGGUGGGGCUGGGCAGGGGGCGGGAAACGUGUUCCCUCUGCUCGAGCUCCUCUCAUUUCUUGGCUCCUGUCUCACUGCAGCUUGGCCAGGGCCACGCACAGUAGUUCCUGCGACUCUCAGCGACACACCCUGAAUGGACUUGCUCCCUGCGUCCAGGUCCUCCUCCAGCACUCUCUGCUGCGCUGCCGUGCCUGCCCGCGGCCUGCGCUUCACUCACAUCUUCCUUUAAUUCUGGUUAAAACAGCUUUCUGUGGACAAGGUUACAUCUCCAUCUGGAGCCUUUUUUAAAGAAUGAGUUAAGGAUCCCCUAAUAAUCUUGGCACAGGCUUAUACCUUAGAGUGAGGCCACUUUGGCCACAUCUGUCUUUUGUUGGUGAGUUGUUGGUGACCUUUUGUUAAUCUGUAGACACACAGGGUCUUUGGUCUGUCUGCUUUUGGGCCACUGGCUGGUGACAUGGCAGUUUUUUACUUUCUCUUAAUGUGUCUUAAGCAGCUCAAAGACUGGAUGUUAUUUGUAUGCUGUGGGUUCAAAGAACGUAACUCAGCCCCAACUGAACUCCAUGGGUGGCUGCAUCAUUAUCUAGUUACUGCUAGGGUUACAGCUGACUACAGCUGGCUUUAGAAGCAGGAAACAGGGAACAAAACCAGCCUGACUUGAUUCCUGAAUGAGUAGGUAUAACAUACUGUCCUCUGCUGCUUUCCUUUGCCAAAGUGUGAUUUGGUUGGGCCUGUCCCUAGCAGGUAAGGUCCUUCUAGUCUGUGCCCACCGAGGCAGGGAGAGGACAAGACCAAAAUGGCCAGAUGGGAGCAGAUGGCCCAUGGGAAGUCUGGGGGGGGAAGAAUACAGGGAACAUCCCAUCAUUGCCAGAUAGCUUGUUCUUGACGUCUUGACAAAUGCAGAUCCUUUUCCCCAGUGCCAAGUCCCUUGGGCCCAUCAGAAGAAUGAUUUGCCCCUUUCCACAGCCCCACUUCAAAGCCUGUCACCUCCAUGGCCUGGUCCUGCUCUGCUAAGCUAUUCUGAACAACUGUAGUAAUUUUCUGAAAGGCUGAGAAUUACAAAAUGAACACAGGGAGGCAUCCCUAGAGCUCUGGACAGAAAAAGUGCUCAGAGUGAUUUGAAAUCACCCCUUGCCAUUCACCAGCCAUGUGUCUUUAUGCAACUUAGCCUCUCAAAGCUUGUUCCCUUAUCUACCACCUAAGAACCGUAGUGACAUCUUUGCUGGUUCUUGUGCGGACCAGCCACGUCCAAAGCCUGGUGGGCAGGAGACCUGGGGUCAUGGAAGCUCCUGAUUAUAGGCAGCAUCAUUAUGCAGGUAACGUGGGGCUCCUGUGUAGUUCAGGUAAAACAAAACCUCAGCAGGAGCCUCCUGAGGGACAGGGGCUCCCCCUGGGGUCUGGGUUUGCCUGGGUCCCUUCCUUUGCCUCAUGAUCUUCCCUAGUCACUUCCAUGUAUCUUUGCCCAUUGUGCUCCCUGAGUGCUAUUCCUUAAGUUUUUGAGUAGGUAAUCCCUUCGUGUAGUUCAAGUCUUCCUUGCAUCCCUGACCUGGCAAGGCCAACUUUAUCAGCCCUUGAACUCCCACUCUUAGUUUGUUCCAGGUAGAUCCUUCCAGAGACCAUUUAUGCAUAUACAGAUAAAUACGCACGUGUAUGUAUACACGUGUGCUUGUGUGUCUACAUAAUUUUUUUUUUUAAACUUAUACCAGACAAGUAUAUCCAAGGAGCAUUCCUAUUCAUGGGGGAAGAGCCAUCCCAGAAGGCAGAGUAUCUGUAAAAGGUGAGCCCAUAAUUGGGGGAUGUCUUUGCAGUCACAUUCCUUUUUGAAUAAGGCAUUAUUUUUUUUAUUGAUUGCAGCAUACUGGAAUUCUAGUUUCCCAUACAAAGCAGAAACAGCAAUCCCUCCGUGGCCCUUACCACACAGAUGCUCAGAUAAUAUGCAAGCACAACCAGUUUCCAGACUGUCUUUCUGGCCUGUGAUGGACACUGAAGAGCAGGUUCUGCUCUGUUGCUGACAGCAGCAAUGCAGGCCUCUGGUCCAGGUCCAGCAGCCUUUGCAGGGCCUGGACAAGCUGCCCCCGCCCCCACCAAACCCCAUCUGACGGGGUGAUGUCUGGCUACAACUGCCAUGAUUUCUUAGGCGAGCUCCUGUGUUUUUUGUUUUUUGUUUUUUUUUAAGAAUUUAUUUAUUAAUUUGAGAGAGAGAGAGAGGGAGAAGCAG